ACACACACACACACACACACACACAAACACACCCUGAGAAAACAAGGAGAGACCCUCUAUUCUGCCAACGUGGACGGACGUACAUGUGUGAAGGCUUUAAAUGAAUGAAUGAGAGAGAGUGUGUGUGAGAGUGAGUGUGUGUGAGAGUGCGUGUGUGUGAGAGGAACAGCCAGCUAAGGAUGCACUGAUGAGAAAGCGCGCCUGGGUCUUGAGGGAGAUCCCGCGUGUGUGUGUUCCGUCGCCAGACCGCCUCUGGGAGGAUUCGCCGUGUGUGUGUGUGCGCGUGUGGACUGUCUCUGUGACGACAAGGAUGGGCUGCAAUCUGUGCACUUUACAGAAGCGCGAGGAACACUACAAACUCCUCUACGAGCUCGCUCAGGUGAACGGACAUGACUUCUCCCGCAGGGGUCAUGAAGGAGCCGUGGAGGCACUACGGAAGGAGCCCAUCGUGGUGCAGGUGCUGCGUCGUAACCCUGGCAACGGCUGCAGCCAUGGCAACAUGCAGGAAGUGUGCAUGGUGGACGUGUGCACGCAGACGGACAUCACCUUCGAGCACAUCAUGGCACUCGCCAAGCUGCGGCCUGCUACGCCACCCGUGCCCGAUAUAUGCCCCUUCCUGCUCUCGGACAGUUGUCACUCGAUCCACACCAUGGAGCAGGAAUAUUUUGAGUGUCCAGAGUACCUGUCCAAUGAGCAAGCGGAGGUGGAGAGGACAGAGGAAUUUGAGUAUGAGGAGGUGGAGCUGUGUCGACACAACAGCCAGGAGAAACUGGGUCUGACUUUGUGCUACAGAACAGAUGAUGAGGAAGACACUGCAAUCUACGUCAGUCAGGUGGGCCCCAACAGUAUUGCAGCCAGAGAUGGACGUAUCAGAGAGGGAGACAGAAUACUACAGAUUAACGGCCAUGAUGUGCAGGACAAAGAGGAGGCGGUGGCUCUUCUGUCCAGUGAGGAGUGUAAAAGCAUCGUGCUUCUGGUGACCCGACCAGAGAUGCAGAUGGAGGAGAGCUGGUUGGAUGAGGAGCACAGUGAGUUCCUGGAGGAACUCAAGAUGGAGAUUCUGCAGGAGCAGCGCAAUGAGGAGAAUCAGCAGAUGGAUGCUCGGGGGAACCAGGACCAGGAGGGCGUCGCCAGCGGCUCCCCGUCCAAACACAGAGACCAGGAGAACCACAACCAGCAGUCCGAGACACCGCAGACCUCCACCGCCCCGCGACGCCACUCGCCACAGCGGCGACUCCGAGAGCGGUUCGGCCUCGCCGAGCCUCGUCUGAGCACCAGCCUUCCCCGGUCCGGCUUGAGCCGGGACAGCGAGUCCGGCCCCGGCUCGGGCCUGGCGCUGGGCGUGUCCUCGGAGCGCGAGCGCGGCGUCCAGCGGGUGGAGCGGGACCUCUUCCAGCAGCACCUGCUGGAGCUGAAGUGCCAGAUCCGUAACCGGGGCGAGUGCGGCGGCCUCUACUACGCCCGCAGCAGCACCAUCGAGUGCAGCCUGACGGAGAAGAGCGGAGUGGUGGCCAUCGGAGGAGGAGGAGGAGGAGGAGGAGGAGGAGGAGGCGGAGGAGGCGUGGGGGUGGAGCGCGAGCUGAGGAUACUCAAUGAGGAGCUCCGCAGCAUCGAGCUGGAGUGCCAGAGCAUCAUGCAGGCGCACCAGCUGCGCAAGACAACCCAGAGCGAGUCCCUGGACUACACCCACGGGCACGCUACGUCGCCGACGUCCGGCAACGUCCAGCGGGCGGCCAAGGGGGGAAGAGGGCAGCAGCAGCAGCAGGGUCGCGGGGGGAGGCUGCCGGACAUCCACGAGUACCCGGAGCGGUGGGGCGGCGACAAGCAGCGGGACAACAACAAGGACAGUUCGAGCGCGUACAACACGGCCGAGAGCGCGCGGUCCACUCCGCUGGGCAUCGUGGAGCGGUCGCGGUCGCCGGAAUCCUCGCUGCAGCAGCGCCACGUUAACCUGACCAACCUCAAGAACUUGCACGGGAGCGUGCACAGCUCCCCGGCACACACACACACACUCACACACACCAGUAGCCCGCAGCACCAGCACCAGCGCCGCUCUCACACACUACCCACCCCCUCAAGUCAGUCGGCACGGACAAACCAGACCCCCUCUACCCCAGGUAGCCCCAACCGGACCCUCCCUGCCCCCACCACGGCCACCACUAACUCCUCCAGCUUGGACCAGAGCCCCAGCAACCCCUCCGAGUCCGACCCGGCACUCCCAGCGGACGACGAGAGGGUUGACCGCAAGAGAAGCCACCACCAGCGUCGGCAGCCGGCAUGGCACGCCGUCCCUUACGCCGGCAUGCCCAACGCCGCGACCGCACGCAACUACCAGAGCUACGUCCAGCUUCUGCAGCAACACUCGUCCUCCUCGCUGGAGUUCUCCCAGAGCCAGCUGAGUCUCCUCAGCCUCCGCCCAGGCCGGCCCGGCGAGCCGCGGCUCGAGUGGAAGGUCAAGGUCCGCGCUGACGGCACGCGCUACGUGGCUCGGCGUCCGGCGCGCGACCGCAUCCUGCGGGAGCGCGCGCUGCGUAUCCGCGAGGAGCGGAGCGGCGGGAUGACCACGGACGACGACGCGGCCAGCGAGCUUAAGAUGGGCCGUUACUGGAGCAAGGAGGAGCGCAAGCAGCAGCUGGCCCGCGCGCGCGAGCAGCGACGCCGGAGGGAGUUCAUGCAGCGCAGCCGGCUGGAGUGCCUCAAGGAGACCACAGGGGGCGCUGGCGGGGCCGGAGGAGGAGGAGGAGGAGGAGGAGGAGGAGGUGGGGGGUCUGCUGCCGCUGAGGCCCGGAAGGAGGUCAACAUCCUGGAGCUGAGUCAGAGGAAGAUGAUGAAGAAGCGGAACAAGAAGAUCCUGGACAACUGGAUGACCAUCCAGGAGCUGAUGACGCACGGGGCGCGUGUGCCCGAGGGCACCAAAGUCCACAAUGCCUUUCUGUCUGUCACCACCGUGUAACAUACACACACGCACACACACACACACACACACACAUACAUGCACACCCACCCACACACACACGCAUGCACGCACACACACACGCACACAGACACACGCACACACACACACCCAUAAACAUCUCUAAUGAACAUCUUACAUUUACAUGCAUGCACUCACAAAUGCACAAAUACAUGAACUCAUACACUGACACACAAACACAUAUCACAAACAACAUCCACAUAUCCCCUUGAUAUGAAAUACAUGAUCCUGUAUCAACUCAUAUUUAUUGAGUUCAUACUUUAUACAGUUGACAGGAUCUGAACAUUAUGAAGUACAUUAUCUUGUAUCAACAGUCGACAGGAUCAUCGACAGGACAGGACAAGCAUCGCUCUUCUUGCGGUACGACACCAACUUGCCUCGUUGAAUGUGGCAGUUUUGUUUUUCAUAUGAGGAACACAGAGAGAGAGAGAGAGAGAGAAAGAGAUAUUUUUCAUGCUUUCAUGCAACUAAAUAUCAUUUUGUACAAAGACACAAAAACAUUGCCCUUUUUUCAUCCAAGAAAACAAAUCACGACCUUGACAGACCAGAUCAGACCAGACGUGUUUUUGUACUGGGAGCAUUUUGAAUCUUUUUACCGUAGUGCAGUACCUCUUUGCUCUGAACCAUGUGUACAAGAAAAAGACAGUGACUGAAUGGAGGGGAUCUGAGACAGCAGUAUGUCUCUUCUUAGAAAACGGUCUCGUCCCCUUUCAUACAUGAUGUCUUUAUAAAUGUCAACUUCUCAUGGAAAUUUAAAUUGCAUACUUGAACCUUGACACCAGGAGUUGUAGACACAUUUAAUUCCUUAAAUGUAUAAGUUCAUUUCUGUAUGUGUUAACUUUUUCGUUUUCCGAUGGCACUGAAAAGUAGCAUUGAUCAAUUACUCAACAAGAAGGGAAUCAACACCAUACCUGAUGGAGACCACAUGUGUGUAUGUCACAUGUUCCUAAGAUACUGCCCACUAAGAGAGUCCAUUCCAGUCUUAUGUAACAAUUUGUAGCUAUUGUAAAAGGAAUUAUUUGGAUAUUUAUUUGUUUGUUCAUUAUGAACAGAUGUUUUUUUUCUCUCUCUCUGAUGAACUUUAUUUAUCAAAUGAUACUCCUCACAUGCACACUAGUGGAAGCUAGAUGCAAGGAACUUUAAGUAUAUGCAGUACAAAAUGUACAAAAUGUACAAAAAACAAGUUUAUUUAGUUUGUUUUCUAUACAAGAACCAAUUGUUUGGUGUUUUUAAAAUCAUUUUGGAAAGCUUUUGGCAAACAGCUUUAUUCCAAAUCCUUUGAACCAGUUUUGUACAAUUCUAAGGCCCUCUACAUGGAAUCAGUUUUAUAUACAGUAAAAUGAUUUUAAGUAAAGGUUUUUAACACAGGACCUUUGAGGAUCUUCUCUACAUAAAGAAGUACCUUUAACAUUUUUUUUCUCCAUAUGGAGGUAGCAGUAGAUCAGAAUUUCCCUAAGACUGUAGCCUUCCAUAGAUCAGUUACCGAAGAGGUGGCUGUGGAUAU